CCACCUUUGCUGUUACUUUGGGUCCCCUCUUGACGUUCGAGCCCAUAACAUCUUCUGAAAACGUCCCUGUGAAGAAAAAUAGAACGAAAACGCAGAACACCGUCCUCGGUUCCAUUUUGCUUUUUUUCCAGGAAAGACGUGGACAACUAAACCGCAGUCUCAAGAAAUCUGGAUUUCACUCAGAGAAUACUUCCUGGGGAAGGCAGAUCCCACCUCUUAAAGAGAGCAGACGAAUUGCAAGAACGAUGUUUGUGGAGGGAACUCCUGUAAUACAGCAACAGUAUGAAGAAAUCUCAGGAUGACAGGAGUGUUAUAUGAAAAUGCCCACAGAUCACACUCAUUCACUUCCCGUCCCAUUCACCAUGAUGUCCUGGGUUGAGGUAUGACUUGGAUUCCACCCUUGGAGAUGCUGAAACCCGGUGAGCCCAGCGGAUCUGCUUUCUUGAAGGUGGACCCAGCUUACAUUCAGCACUGGCAACAGCUGUUCCCACAAAGCCAGCCGAAGAGCGGAGCCCAUAACCAGAUUCAGCCGCCCGAAAGAGCAGAUAUUUCGGCAGAGAGCCUCCGUCAGCGUCCGACCUCCAUCUCCUCCACCUCAUCGUCAUCCGCUUCAACCCCAUCUUCCUCCUCCUCAACCUCUUCAAUCUCUUCGCUAGCAGGUCUAACACAGUUGUCUGUGCCCCAGAUUGCACUUUUUGGACACUCGCAAUGCUCCGAAAUCCACACCCCGGGAAUCACCGCUCAAGCCAAAGACCUUUGCUUGUCAUCCAACUGUAAAAAUGACACAAGACCAAAGUUUAAAUUUACUUCUGAGGAGUUAGACUAUUACCUCUAUGGACAGCAGAGAAUGGAAAUAAUCCCCUUGAACAAUCACACCAGCGAUCCCAAUAAUCGCUGUGACAUGUGUGCAGACAACCGGAAUGGUGAGUGCCCCAUGCACGGCCCCCUUCAUUCUCUACGCCGGCUGGUAGGAACCAGCAGCGCUGUAGCGGCUGUAGCCCCUCCAGAGAUUCCCGAGUGGCUGCGUGACCUACCUAGAGAGGUGUGUCUCUGCACCAGUACUGUGCCGGGACUCGGUUAUGGCAUCUGUGCAGCACAAAGGAUCCCCCAGGGCACCUGGAUUGGGCCUUUUCAAGGAGUUCCCCUUCUCCUGGACAAGAUACAGACUGGGACAUUGAGGAACACACGUCACCUGUGGGAGAUUUAUGACCAGGAAGGGACAUUACAGCACUUUAUCGAUGGCAGCGAGCCCGGCAAGUCGAGCUGGAUGAGAUAUAUCCGAUGUGCAAGACACUGUGGAGAGCAGAACAUGAUGGUGGUUCAAUAUAGAUCGUGUAUAUUCUACAGAGCAUGCAUGGAUAUUCCCAGAGGAACAGAGCUACUCGUCUGGUACAAUGACAGCUACACAUCCUUCUUUGGAAUCCCUCUUCAGUGCAUUGCACAGGAUGAGAACUUGAACGUCCCAGCAUCUGUCAUGGAAGCGAUGUCCAGACAGGAGACUCUUCAGCCCUUCAACAAGACCGGCAAACCUCCCUCGGUUGCACUGCUCCGGUCCAUGGUCUUCCCACACUCUCCCUGCACAAGGAGCUUCUCUCUUUUGGACAAGCCUGGGCAUGGAGAAUCUGGGUUUAACCAGAUGAAUGCCAAAAACCAGCGGGUUCUCGCCAGCCCAACGUCUACAAGCCAACUGAGCACAGAGUUCAGCGACUGGCACCUUUGGAAGUGUGGUCAAUGCUUUAAGACUUUCACUCAGCGAAUCCUCCUUCAGAUGCAUGUGUGCACACAGAAUCCUGACAGACCUUACCAGUGUGGGCACUGCUCCCAGUCCUUCUCCCAGCCCUCUGAGCUUCGGAAUCAUGUUGUCACCCACUCAAGCGACAGGCCUUUUAAGUGUGGCUACUGUGGGCGCGCCUUUGCUGGGGCGACAACCCUCAACAACCACAUCCGCACACACACCGGGGAGAAGCCAUUCAAGUGUGAGAGGUGCGAGCGGAGCUUCACUCAGGCCACCCAGCUGAGUCGACACCAGAGGAUGCCCAAUGAGUGCAAGCCGAUAACGGAGAGCACAGAAUCAAUUGAAGUGGAUUAACUGAUUGACUGGCUGGAAUUAAACUGCAAGGAAAGUCAUGAUUAAAUGUCACGGACACUUAAGCAAAACCAAAGAUUUCCUCUGAGCAACUUUCAAUCAGUCCCAGAAAACCAAAAGCAGUAAUAAAAUAAGUGAGAUGUUAAGAGAUAUUGAUCCUGGCAUGGAUGAGAGACUAGGAUGGGGCGGGGGAAGAGGAGUGUGCGUGUGUGUUGGUGGGUGGAUGGGGGAUUAUUUAUUUAUGACUUGGGUUCCCAGUAUUUUAAGUGGACAAGAAAGCUGGGACUGCACAGAUAUCAAAACACCCUGCUUCUGUAUCAAAGAUUUUCUUACUAUUAUUUAAUACCAAAGUGACAAGACUAUUUGGGGACUACAUAAGAUACCCACAUUACUGAGUGAGAAUGCACAAUAAUUUUUUUAUUGCAUCGUUUCUUAAGCAUGAUUUGAGAAGGUACAGAAAAAUUGUCCCUUUAUGUUUCGCCUUGAUGUGGAUAUCAUUAUAAUAAGAUGUGAUAUUUGAACUUUGAAGGAAUAAUUCUCAAUGUAAAAUAGAAAACCAAAGGAUAUUUAUCUUCCAUUACACUCGUAUAAUGUUUUGUGCACUUUUUAAAAAUGUCUACUUUUUUUAACUAUGUCACAGGAAUGUGUAAAACUAAUUUAAAAAGUCUGCUUAAAUUUAGUGUUCCAAACACACUGAAAACAGUAUUUUAUUCAGUGCAAAUGGAAAGUAUUUCCUGUAAAGAUGGAUUGCAAAUCUGUUGUACCUCAUGAAAAAACUCUGCUGUCAAGCUGAGUAGCAUCCUAAACAUCAGAGAGAAAAAUAACAAUUUAAUUAGUUUUGUCUAGGAAAAGGUAUCUUGAUAAUGGCUGUAAAAAGUAUUCAUAUAUUUUUUUUAUUUUUUAAAGUGACUAUACAUUUUAGGAUAAACCAUUUUCUUUCUGUGUAAAAAGUUUUAAAUAUAAUCUUGGUAAUGUAAACCCAAAACAGAGAGAAACCACUUGAUAAUGAUAUUCUACUUAAGCAAUUCAAGUUUCAAUAAGAGAUGAUUGACAUCGAAAACAGAUUUACUUUUUACUCAAAAGAACUUUCCAAUUUUUACAUUGACCUGGCUGAAAUAAGGGAGGCAGCCAAUUUAAUGUAAAUCAAAUAAAUGCACUAAAUAAUGACAAAAAUGAGGUUUUAAUCCUGCUGGGUUAUUAAGUGUGGUUUAAUUUUUUUUUCUAUUUGAUUUUUUUACUUUAUUUUGGAGUGUUUAGUAAAUUCUAAACCUUAUUUUGUGUUAUUUACAGUAUCAUGAGUUCAGAUUAAAUAAAUACAUCAGCUAGGCUCUGAUUGAUGAGGAGCUGUGAAAUGUGUGAGAUAAUCAUUAGCUUUAAUGUAUAGAAUUGUACUGUCCUUAAAUUUAUAGUCACUUUAACAAAUCACCAAUGGGGCUUUUUGUGUAACACCAAUACUUACUGUAGCUUUCACUGCUUAUAAUUUUUUUUUUAUUUUAAAAGGCAAAAAUUGGGCCAAGAAUUGCAAUCAACAGUCAGAUUCAAAGAAUAUAAGCGAAUAAUCUUCACUAUUUAUAUAUUUUUUUGUAAUUUCUAUAUAAACAUUGUAGUGGAUGUACAGUAUUAAAAAUGAAACUUUGGCAAGCAUUCAAAAAAUUUCACUGUAUUUCUGACAAAUAACUCACCUUUUUUGCUCAUUGCCAUAAAAAUCCUUUUUUUCCAGACUGUAUUCCUUAGUAUUUGAAAUACUUAUGCAAGGACUACCAGCACAAUGCCAAAGCAAGAAUUUCCUGUAUAUAUGCAUUCUAACUUUGACGACUUCAACUAAACAUACCAGCAUUCUUCCAGUGCCAAAGAGAGUAGGAAAUACACUUUAAUUUGGAGACGUAUAUGCAAAUUCAUACAGGUUAUCUAUUCUGUUACCAAACUGUGGGUGUUGUACAUAAUUUUAACCUUUUACCUGUGUGUUGAAGUGGGCAGCUGGGGUGCUUUUGCCAGACUGUGCUAUUAUUUUGAAAAGGGAAUCAUCAAUGUGUUUUAAUUCAUGUACUCAGUGGAGUGUCACCCUCUGAAUUCUGAUGUUCUGUGUCUCUGAUAUCUGCAUCCAUUAUUAGUAGUUAAAUGGUUAAAGACAUGAUAUUAUUUUCAUGAUAAGAAGCUUUGGUUUUUACAUUCCUGACUGUUAUUUUUAUGUACACCACAGAAGAUUACAGAUGCUUUUUGCUUGUAUUUUAUUAUAUAUUAUUAUUGUCUGUUUAAAGCACUGUGCUCAUUUCAUUGACUAUUAAAAGAGUGGCAGGCUUGAAUUUCA